UUAACCGGUCCAUCAUGCCUUGCGGUGUCCCAGUUCUGUUCCGAUGUAAUUUACAACAGGCUCUGUGAUCCCCCUCCUCACUGAUGGGCAGAGCAGCAGGUCAACAGGCAGAGCAGUGGAUGUUUAAAGCCCCAUGUCGGAUGUCCGAUGACUUGCACGGACGCAUGUUAAUAGAGGCGGGGAUGUGCGCGCACCGUUAACUCUGCUGCAGGCGCGGAUCGGCUCGGAAUGAACAGGACCUUCCGUCAGUGGCCCGCAUAACAUGCAGAGGAAAGUACCGGAUUUUAUCCCAGAGAAAAACACUGAGGCUACAGCACAACGGGGGGAGUUUGAAAUGCUCUGACACGCUGUGAUCUGCGGGCUGAAAACAGGAUGGACAAUAAAUCAUUAUUAGCACCCCCUUGUGGUGUGGAGGAAUGAGGGCCUUUGGAUGAAGGCCAUGGAGCUCAAAGUGUGGGUGGACGGAGUGCAGCGCAUCGUGUGCGGGGUCACGGAGUUCACCACAUGCCAAGAAGUGGUCAUUGCUUUGGCACAAGCCAUUGGACGCACCGGCAGAUACACUUUGAUCGAGAAAUGGCGGGAGACAGAACGUCACCUGGCUCCGCAUGAAAACCCUGUGGUGUCCCUCAACAAGUGGGGCCAGUAUGCCAGCGACGUGCAGCUCAUCCUCCAACGAACCGGCCCGUCCGUUAGCGAGCGGCCCACCUCUGACGGGCAGGCUCGCGUCCCAGAGCGUGGCUUCUACAGGCAGAGCCUCCCACCUCUGGCCAAGCUCCGCCCGUCAGGGACAGACCGCUCGCUCAAACGAAGGGAACCCAAACGCAAGUCUCUGACCUUCACUGGAGGGGCCAAGGGUCUAAGGGACAUAUUUGGCAAAAGCAGAGAUGCUGAAGCCAAACAGCCCCAGCAGCGCAGUGUGAGCCUAAACCUGAGCAGAGUUGGAGGUGGUGGUGUAGCAUCUGUGCCUGGGAGUCCAGCCAGAGAGCUGAGCCGGCUGGUGCAGCUGCAGAGAGACAAACUCCAGGCCCUGGAAAGCCGUCUGCUGGGCUGUGAGGCCGAGCUAGGAGAAUGGGAGGAGGCCGUCGGCGAGGUCAACGAAGGAGAAAAUCUAGAGGAGGAGCUGCUGCUUUUGGAGCAGCAGGUUAGGAGGAACGAUGCUGAGAUGGAGGAGGAGGAAUUCUGGCAGAACGAGCUGCAGAUAGAGCAGGAGAGCGAGCAGCAGCUCCGGCAACAGCUAGCCGAACUGCAGGGCCGUGUACGCGACUGCGAAGCCAAGCUCUCAGAGUACUUAGCACGCAUACAGAGUAUGGAGAAAGGCCUGGAGCAGGAGCGGCUGCAGCAGGAGGCCGAGCUCAGCCAGAAGGUCAAUGAGGAGGAGGUGCAAGCCCAGCUGGAGAAAGUGAAGGCAGAGCUGGAAAUGCAGAGCCAACAAACUGCACGGCUGGAGAGCAGCUGCAGGGCGUUGGAACGCUCACUUGGCCAGUCAGGCAAGAGAUUACAGGAAAAGGAGCAGGAGCUGGAACAGCUGACGAAAGAGCUACGACAGGUCAACCUGCAGCAGUUCAUUCAGCAGACUGGCACCAAGGUCACUGUGCUGCCUGCUCAACCUACAGCAGAGAACGACAGCGAAGUGGAGUCUGAUUCUCUGAAAAGACGCGGCUCUUCACGUCUCUUACCCAGCGACCUCCGCACUCUUCAAAGCACCGUCUCCUCCAGCCUCAACCCCGAGGGCAUCUACGUUUGACCCAGGACACACUUCCAGGAGACAUUAUUUGGGCAGUAGGGCAGCCUGAUGUUAUAGGACAGUUUUCUGUAGCUAGGAGGCCCAUGAAGUGACGCCACAGACUGCUGAAAUGCUCCUGAGCAAGUCACAAACAAACGCAGCUUCAUGAACACCCUAACUGUGGAGGAUCGUAAGGAAAAAAAAAAGUCACGGAGGAUCAGUGGGGUAUCAUGAAAGACAAGUUUGAUCUGUUUUGCAUCUUUUUUGCACUGCCUCCUCUUCCAUCUUACCAGGACUGACACUCACACUGAUGUCAAUAUCCAUUUGCAAACAUUUACUCUAUUGUCUGUACUCUUAUGGAUGAGUGAAGAUUCUCUUAAAAAAAAAAACAAGCCAGCAGACACGUUCUUGUCAAUUAAGGAGGCUUGAGACGAACAGUGUGGAUAAACUUUGUUUUUGUGUUGUAAAUCAUGAACUGGAGGGAAUUUCAGGAUGCAAAGUUUGGAUACAUGUGAACAUAUGCAUAGAUGAAAAAAAAAAAAUCAUGCACGAGCAUGCACAAACAGCAACACCACACCUGUGCUAUAA